GCCCAAGAGAGCGCGUCCUGGAUGGACUACAAUUCCCGACAUGUACCGGACCGAUACCGGCGUGCCUCGCUUCUCCCAGUCGGCUUAUUGGGCUCCAGGGCACCGCCUCCGAGUAGGGCGGGCAAGGAGAGAGCCGAGGCGGAGCUGAUGGCUGCGCUGAAGGCGGGGCGGGGUGCAGGCAGGAGCCUUCGGGCAUGGCGGGCUUUGGGGGGCAUCUUCUGGGGGAAGGGCCCCCUGUUAGCCCCCGAUGUCCGGGCUCUGCUGACGUCAGGAACUCCUGACCCUCCAGCCCGGAUAACUUAUGGGACCCCCAGCCUCCCGGCCCGGGUGCCUGUGGGGGUCCUUGCAUCACGGGCGUGUCUGACGCCUGGGAGCCCGGAUCUCUGGGCACCACGGACUGUGGGGACCCCAGGCUCUAGCGCCCAGGAGGCCUGCAGGAGCUCCGGAACCCGUUGGCGCGAAUGGCUGGCGGUGGCGGUGGGCGCAGGGGGAGCAAUAUUGCUGCUCCUGUGGGGCUGGGGGCGGGGUCCUCCCGCGGUGCUGGCCGCCGUUCCCGCUCCGCCACCCAACUCUCCCCGGAGCCAGUACAAUUUCAUCGCGGAUGUGGUGGAGAAGACAGCCCCUGCUGUGGUCUAUAUCGAAAUCCUGGAUCGGCACCCUUUCUCGGGCCGUGAAGUCCCCAUCUCAAACGGUUCAGGAUUCAUAGUGGCUUCAGAUGGGCUUAUCGUUACCAACGCCCACGUGGUGGCUGAUCGGCGCCGGGUGCGAGUGAGGCUGCCUAGCGGAGACACUUAUGAGGCCGUGGUCACAGCUGUGGAUCCUGUAGCAGACAUUGCCACGCUGAGGAUUCAAACCAAGGAGCCUCUUCCCACACUGCCCCUCGGCCGCUCUGCUGAUGUCCGGCAAGGGGAGUUCGUGGUUGCCAUGGGAAGUCCCUUUGCGCUGCAGAACACGAUCACAUCUGGCAUUGUCAGCUCUGCUCAGCGUCCGGCCAGGGACCUGGGACUCCCGCAAAACAACGUGGAAUACAUUCAGACCGAUGCAGCUAUUGAUUUUGGAAAUUCUGGCGGUCCCCUGGUUAACCUGGAUGGGGAGGUGAUUGGAGUGAACACCAUGAAGGUGACAGCUGGAAUCUCCUUUGCCAUCCCUUCUGAUCGCCUUAGGGAGUUUCUGCAUCGCGGGGAAAAGAAAAACUCCUGGUUUGGAAUCAGUGGGUCCCAGCGCCGCUACAUUGGAGUGAUGAUGCUGACUUUGACUCCCAGCAUCCUUGCUGAACUACAGCUCCGAGAACCAAGCUUUCCUGAUGUUCAGCACGGUGUCCUCAUCCAUAAAGUUAUCCUGGGCUCCCCCGCACACAGGGCUGGUCUGCGGCCUGGUGACGUGAUCUUGGCCAUUGGGGAGAAAAUAGUAAAAAAUGCUGAAGAUGUUUACGAGGCUGUUAGAACCCAAUCCCAGCUGGCAGUGCGGAUCCGGCGGGGAUCAGAAACACUGACUUUGUAUGUGACCCCUGAGGUCACAGAAUGACUGGACUAGCAAGAGUAUGAAGCUCCUACUCUGAUUUCCUGCUUGGCUUCCUCGCCUACGUUCUGAGUACACCUUGGUCAAGGAGUCAAUGGACUUAUAGAGGGCAGGUUCCUCUAACCACCAGCACCAAUCCGGGGCUCUGAAGAACACAUUUUAUAUAAAAUAAAAUUAUAUCUAGCAACA